UAAUAGCAGACUUAAUCGGAGCAUCAGGCACCGCAUUUUCAAUAAUUUCGUUUAGGUCGUAAUUUAUAGGUAGAUUUCGGCCAAUAAGAAACCUUUCCGUGCAACAUCCGGGAAUGUAAGCUCUCUCGUUCUUUUUUUUAAAAUCAUUAUUUUUGGUGAAAGAGUUGGCGUUGAGAGCAUUGUUAAAAAGUACCCUAGCUUUGCCCUUGCUAAACGUUUUGAGUUCUUUUAAGCCGAACAUCUCAAAACUCUUAAGGCAUUCAUAAAAAAAAAGAUCGGAGGGGAUAUUCUUACGUUUGCAAUCAACAUUUUCACAUACUUCAACUCUGUCUCUCGUUUAGUAAUAUUUAAAUAAUUAUUCUUAAAGACAUUUUCAUCUACAAUAAUCUCCUCGGACACUGUCUCCUUGGGAAGACAGGUUGACAUUAUUUCAGGUAUUAUCGAUGCUAUCCCGGGGAACACUUAUCAAAAAUCCAGAAAUAAAAGAAAGAAAAACUCUUUAAGGUAUAUUCUUUGAAAAGAAGUUUACGAGAUUAUAAAUUAAAAUAAUAGUAUAAUAUUUCACUUGAAGAUGAAACCACUAAAGAAUUAUAUCAAUUAUUAUUAUUUUUUAAUUCAGUUUAUUGUCCCCUUCAAAUUGAACUAAGUGAACAUCCUCAGUAAUAUCAAAUAUGUAGAUCAGAAAAAUCUUCAGCUGCCGUUUGCUUAAAUAUAUCGUGUUAUUUCGAUUGUUGAUUGUGAAAUAAAGAUGGUUUUACAAUAUUAUCAAUUUUGUUCAGACACUCAGAUAUUUUGAUGUGAUAAACAUUUGUUUUGAUAUUUAAAGCAAGCAUACAAUAUAUCGAUAACUUUGCAAUAAUCGAACAAUAUAUAUAAUCGAAUAAUGCUUGCAUGCACGUGUUGUAUUUAAAUAUUAAAAGAAAAAUUUUAAUUUAAUAGAUAUGUCGGAAAAUAAUAUUUUGGAGGUCUUGUUCGCUAGCGAUACAAAUGAUCAUCAAGUAACAUGCAGUGCUUGGGAUUAUCGUACGGGCACAAAUUUGAUGAACUAUAAAGGUGGGGGAAGUGGAGCUGCAUCGCGAACUCUUUGCCUUUAUCAUUCCCAGUAUGUGUUGGCAGCAAACGUAUCAAAACCAUUGCUUCACGUUUGGCCUAUAAAUGCGCAAGAACAAUUGUCAACAGUUAGAUUUGUAAUGCCUGGUACCGUGACGGCAUUGGCUUUGUCGCCAGAUGAUUGCUAUUUGGUUGCCGGCAUUCAGGAAAUUCUCUACAUAUGGCAUAAAGCAACUGGACGGAUGAAGAGCAUUUUGACUAAGCAUUAUCAAACUGUAACUUGUAUACGUUUUACCGACGAUAGUUCACACUUUGCUAGUGGUGGCAAAGAUGGUACCAUACUGGUUUGGAAUCUAACUCGUGCCGUGUCGCGCAGUUUUGAUAAUGAAAACACGCAACCUUUGUAUAGCUUUAAUGAUCAUGGUUUACCAGUUACUGACAUUCAUAUUGGAGCUGGAGGCAUGCGAUGCUACAUGUAUACGGUAUCUUUGGAUAGGUCAAGUAAGAUCUAUGACUUAAGUGAUGGUUCAUUGUUGCUGAAUGUAGUAUUCAACGAGGGCUUGCAAAGUUUGACUGUUAAUGGUUUGGAGACACAAGUGUUUGUAGGUUCAAAUGCCGGCAGUAUAUUUCAAGUGCAUACGGACAGCAUACCAAGAGUUAAGGAAUACCAUAAAGAAGAGGAGAAUAAAACGUUUAGCGGUCAUUCAACAACAAGUAUUGUAAACUGUUUGGCAUUAUCUUUGGAUGGUCAGACUUUAGUUUCAGGUGCCAGCGACGGUCAGAUAUUGGUAUGGAAUAUACCCAGUCGGCAGUUAGUUAGAACUCUCACUCACAAGGGUGCUAUAACAAAUUUGUGCCUUAAAUUAAUGAAUACUAUGAUUUUUAAUCCAGAGCACAAACAACCUUUAGAAUUUCGAGCUAAUUUAAAACGUAUGAUGGAUCCUGUAGAAGCCGAUGAGGAUGAGGUUAUUGAAAUAUUGGUUACGGCUAACGAUUUAGAGAAUGAUGAAAACAGAUAUUUUUCACACGUAAAGAACAGCAGUUCGAAAGUCUAUGAUUCUAGUUGUAGCGCAAACCAAAACGAAUUGGAAUCACUUCGAAAGGAGGUGAGGCAUUUGCAUUCCGUGAAUAAAAAUUUGUUUGAGAUUUCCGCUAAACAAUUGCUACGCAAUCAUAAAUAAAGUUCCUAAUGA